AUGAGCGUCAGUCCGCCUCCUCUCAAAAGACGCCGCCUAAGCAACAGCAAGACCGACGUGGGCGCCACUGUAUCAGUCAGGACCUCCACGAUCGAGCCUCUUAGAAUCUACUCCUGGAAUGUCAAUGGGAUACAACCUUUCAUUCAAAAACCAAUAACUUCUUUCUUUCAACCAAAGAAAUCAUCCCCCAAGCAAGCAAAAGCAGAAACCAAAGCAACGGCAUCUCUCCGAGACUUCCUUCGUCGGCAUAAAUGGCCUACAAUUCUAUGCCUUCAAGAAGUGAAAAUCAGCCCGGACGAUGAAGCGACAAAACUGGCGGUUCAAAAAGCUGUCAAGAGUGCAAAAGCAGAAGAGCCCGACUAUGAAGCUCACUUCUGUCUACCCAGCGACCCUCACAACGCCCGCGGCUUUGGCAGAAAAGUCUAUGGGGUCUGCACCAUCCUUCGAAAAGACUUUGCCACCAAACACAACCACAGCGUUCGAACAGUCGAUUGGGACCUCGAAGGUCGAAUCCAGGUUGUCGAGACCGAGGACCCAAAGCUCAGCAUCUGGAAUAUAUACGCAGUCAAUGGGACCGACAAUCCAUACAAAGACAGCAAGACUGGAGCCAUUACGGGUACCAGACAUGACCGGAAGCUGGCGGUGCACAAACAUAUGCUCGAAGAAGCCAAAGCGCUUGAAGCCCGAGGUUACGGUGUGAUUAUUGCUGGCGAUCUGAACAUCGCUCGCUCCCGCCUUGAUGGUCAUCCAAACUUACGCACUUUUCCUCAACAGCAUGUUGUCAACCGAAUGGACUUCAACAAAAAGUUUUUUGAGGCAGAUGACGGGCUGGAGGCUAUCGAUACGUAUAGGCAUAUUCACGGAGACGAGAAGGGAUAUACUUAUUAUCCCCGUGGGAGGAAGUUCGGAAGCAGUUGCGAUAGAGUGGAUUUGAUAAUGUGCUCUAAAUCGUUGGAAGGAAGUCUGACCGAUGCAGGUGUUUUAGCAUCCGAGAAGGAGAGAGGGCCUAGUGAUCAUGUCCCUUUGUUUGCGACGUUCGACCUUGAAGAGCAUCGUCCAGCUGAAACAGAAGCCGAGGAAGUGCAGUAG